CUCCGCGGCCUUCACUUUCUUGACCACCAGAUCCAUUAGCGCAUUCUUGAACCGAGUACUUUGUCCACAAGCCUGAUCACGAAUCCCUCCCCCAGUUUCCGCACUUAUUCCACCCAACAUCGGCACUUGCAGACUUCGCCCACGAUAGCACCAGCACUCGCAACAAAUGCAACACAUCUUCACGCACCAGCAGCAGUACCCGGGCGAGUGGUCGCAAGGGCACCACCAGCAGCCCCACCACCAUGUAGCACAACAUGGCCAACUUCAAGCGCAGGCACAGGCACAGGCUCAGGCACAGGCUGCCGCGGCGGCAGCUGCUGCUGCCCAACAACAGCACUACAACCGAAUCGCAGGCAAUAAUGGUACAGCUAUACCUGGAAAUAACGUAGUUCCCCGCGGCCCAGCAAACGACGUUCAAGCAGCCGACAUUGGCAUGACGGAAGAAAACAGGCGCGUCCUCGAGUGGAUAGCGCAGCUCAUGAAGCCUCAGAGUCGCGAGGCGGCUCUUCUGGAGCUGAGCAAGAAGAGGGAGCAGGUCCCGGAGCUAGCAUUGAUACUCUGGCAUUCUUUCGGUGUCAUGGCGUCCCUCCUCCAAGAGAUCAUAUCCGUCUACCCGCUUCUAAACCCCUCACAAUUGACCGCUGCCGCCUCAAAUCGCGUCUGCAAUGCUCUCGCGCUUCUUCAGUGCGUCGCCUCUCAUACUGAGACCCGUGGCCUCUUCUUGAGCGCGCACAUUCCGCUCUUCCUUUACCCGUUUCUUAACACGACGUCUAAGUCGCGUCCGUUCGAGUAUCUUCGCCUUACUUCUCUAGGCGUCAUCGGCGCUCUCGUAAAGAACGACUCUUCUGAAGUCAUCAACUUCCUCCUGACCACCGAAAUCAUUCCGCUUUGCUUGCGCAUCAUGGAGACGGGAUCGGAGCUCAGCAAGACCGUCGCUAUCUUCAUCGUACAAAAGAUACUCCUAGAUGAUAUUGGUCUUGCGUACAUUUGCCAGACCUACGAGCGCUUCUAUGCUGUGGGUACUGUCCUCAGCAACAUGGUCAACCAGCUCGUAGAGCAGCAAACUGUUCGUUUACUCAAGCACGUGGUACGCUGCUUCCUUCGCCUGAGCGACAACGCCCGCGCCCGCGAGGCCCUCCGCCAAUGCCUUCCAGAGCCUCUCCGUGAUGCUACCUUCUCUUCUGUAUUACGAGAUGAUGCGGCCACGAAGCGCUGCCUCGCUCAACUCUUGAUCAACCUUUCGGACAAUGUCAUCGACGCUGCGAACAACCAGCAACUCAUGCACUAAGGAGUUGUCCUGUGCCAUCUCUUCGACAACACUCGACUAUGGCUCGAGCUUCUUCAGCUACGUCUCGAAGCUCACCUUUGCCUUCUGUAUUUUAAUGACUUUGGUCUCUCCUUGUGCUUCUGCUUCGAUUUGGUGCGGCGGCUCACGUGUGGCGGUUCCACGACAUACCCUCUGAUUCAAACGGAUUUGACUUAAGAAAGUGGUAUGGGUUUGGCGUUCAGGCUUCUCUGGUGCGAUACCCGUAGCAACAGUGUCCUCGGCAUGUUUCUACCUUCCAUAUGCAUCUCUUAUCAUCCAAGGGCGAUAGGCAUGGCGAGGAGUUUUGGGCAUUGCAUGGCGUGGCCCUCUCGAAGGGAGAUGGGCUUGGUUCGAAAAGUAUCUGUAUAGUAUUGCGGUCUUUUCCAUUUCAAGCGAGCGAGCCAUGUAGGAAUAUGCACUCUUUACAACAAUUUCCCUUUGCGCUUUGGAAGUUCACACAAGGCCCAUGAUAUUAGAG